CCAGGACGUGUGCUCGAGGCCGACCUAGACGCUGACAGGGACCUCUGGCGGCCAGGAUGGCGUACGGCCGACGCCGCUGCGCCCGAGCCACCCAGGCCAGCAUACGAUGCAGAAGGGCGCCGAUGGCUGCUGAGUUCCUCCGGCCCAGGCUCCCCGUGGUGCAAAUGAGCGAGAAAGGAGCGCAAGCGCGUGCGGCGUGCCCGAGCAUGAGUACCUCUGGCGGCUGCGUGAGCGGGCUCGGCUGCGAGCCGCGCAUGAGGCGCUGUCCAGCUGUCUCGUCGCAGCGUGUUUUCGAGGCGCCGCGCAGCCAGAAUUACGUUUUGCGACUCCCCAUUCUCUCUCUCCCUCUCUCUCUUUCUCUCUUCCUCCUUCUCCCUUGAACUGCAGUUCCUGCAUGGUUGUGCCGACA